AUGGCUCUGGGCAUGAAGCCAUAUCCCGAGGUGGUGCUGGAGAGGAUGGUGCCCUUUCCUGAGGGUUCCGUCAAGCGAGUUCGGGCUGGCGCGAGAAGAAGACUCAUCUUGCCAGACCCACCUUCCAGACAGAAGAUAGUGGCCAUGGUCCUGAGUGAGAGGGGCCUUUCAGGUGAGGGCUUGGCGGGGGAGGAGCUAUUCCUGGUCCCAGCAGAGCGCUUGGUUUCGGAACUCCGUUUGGCCCAGCUGUUAGAAGAGAUUGCGGUGCAGUUAAAGGUCCCAGCAGCAGGACUGGCGCUCUUGCGGAAAGGGCAGGUCCUCGCCAGUAAGCUGCGCUGGAGUGCUCUGCAAGAUUUCCUCCCCGAAACGGUGAUGAGAGUCGACGUGAAUUGCGAUGAGGUUUUUCCACUCGUUUGCCGCAGGACUGAGGCGCGAUAUUUAGAACCUUGCUGUGGUGAAGGAACAUUAAGCAUGAACGACAUAAAGAUCCAAGAGCUGCCAAAAACUCUUCAAGCCCUUCAUGAACACCGCCUCUUCGUGACAGACACUCCGGAUGAGGGCGGGCACUGCCUGCUGAGCUAUGGCAGGUCGGGGGUGCUGGCUAUCGAGGUGGGGCAUCCGCAACAGGAUGUCUUUGUGCCCAUCGGGUACUUCCCAAUGGCACCCCUUUGGCAUCUCCCUGCGAAUUCCAGGCAGUGGGGGGGCAGGAACUUAGAUGUUUGGAGCUGCAGCAAGGAUAUUCCGGAGAUCCGAAGAUUGCUUGACGCCCACGCAUCUGAGACAGAGGAUCGACCCCUCCCCCGCUACCAGAUGGUUGUGGAUCCAAACCAAUUUGUCUAUGACACAGCGGACGGGCCUGCCUGGGUGCCCUGUGAGUUCGAUGUUGCCGCUGACGGCAGCGCCCGCCUUGUUGGAGGCCCUUGCAGCCACUCUUCACCAACUUUGGCCGCGCGUGUGGCGCAGCCCGUUCUGCAGGCCGCGCUUCCGCUGCUGUCACGGCUACGUCGGCCGCAGCUGCUUCUUGACGAGCGCAGAAUUCAGGUGGUGUUCAAAGCGCAGCGCAUCAUAGUGCCAGCUGCGGGGGAUGGCUCGGACUCGGAAUAUGUUGGCCUCUGGCAUGUCGAUGGCUACCGUGAGCACAUAGCUGCGGUCGUGCUUUACUACUACAAUGUGGAUGAGAGCCUGGAGGGCGGCGACAUGGAGUUCUGUGGGCGGGAGCCGCUGGAUGUCCUAGGUAUUGGCGACUGCAGCAACAACUUUUUCAAGCUGUCCAAAGAACGUCUCCGCUCCGCGCUGCGCUCCGAUCCCAAGAGGGUGGAGAACUGCCGCGUGCCAAUCUCCACGGGCAGCCUCCUAGUCUUCUCCAACUACCAGGUGACGCACCGGGUGCUCCGAAUGAUCAACCGUGGCAGCUCCGAGGCGUCCCGGGACUUUGUGGCUCUCUUCCUGGUGGACCCCGCGAAACCCCUCGUUCCGGCAAAGACGGUCUUGUCCCAGCAAUACCUGCUCACGAGAACGCUGUCGCCGGUUCUGCCGAAGCUCGCAGAAGCGCGGAGCAUCCUGGAGUUCUUGGGCUUGUCACGGACCACUGCCAGUGCAAGGAAACUGCGGAAUAAGCUCCUCUUUGACCAGCUGCAGCCAUCGGGGGAGUUCUGUGCCAACAGCAGCGUCGUUGCAACUGGAAACGGCUGCUACACCAUGAUCGGAUGGCUUCACAACCUGCUAUCCGACCGGCAACCGCCCCGGGGGUUUGACAGUCUUAUGGAUGGAGUGAAUCGUUUGGACUACGUGCGGGCUCUGAACCUGGCUCCUGAGCAACUGGAUCGUGGACUCUCAGAGGUUUUGUCGCUGGAGUCUGAUGAUUUUGCGACGCGCCUGGCGUUGUAUGACGCCUGUGCAGAUGUGGUGGAUGAGAGCUACGCCCUCUUGGACGAUUGA